AUGGCUUCCACAGGAAUUAAGUUGGAGAAUCAGAACGAAGUUGGCUGCUUUUUCCUUGAAGAACCAAUUCCACCCCUAGGGUGUUGGGAGCAACAAUUUGCAUGCGUUGAGGGGUUCAACUUAGGGCUACAUGGUUUGCUUGAAUAUGAACAAUUUCCAUUAGCUCAUCAAUCUUCAAAUGUGGAGCUCAACGAUUUCGAAGAUUUUUCCGGUGAUUUGUGGGUUUUCGAUGAUCAUCCAUCGUUCCACAAUGAUCCCAACAACAAUAUUGCCAAUCCAGACAAUAUUACCGAGCAAGAGGAGUCUCUGACUCCAAACGACGUCGUGAGAAGAAACGGCAGGCACAAAUCCUCGGCGCUGCAGUUGGAAGAGAUUCAGAAAUACUUUGAUUUUCCGAUAACUAGGGCUGCCAAAGAGCUGAACGUGGGCCUCACCGUGCUCAAGAAACGCUGCAGAGAGCUUAAUAUUGCGCGCUGGCCGCACAGGAAGAUCAAGAGCUUGAAGUCGCUCAUUCAUAAUGUUAAGGAAUUAGGGUUGACGAAUGAGAUAGAGAUGCUGGAGGAGCAUAAGAAGAUGGUGGAGAGGAUACCGGAAAUGGAGCUCACUGAGAGAACUAAGAAAUUGAGACAAGCUUGCUUCAAAGCCAAUUACAAGAAGAGAAGGUCCCUCCAACAAAUUGUUUUUCCUUGAAUUCUUUAUUCACUCUUUUUGAAAGAAAAAAAGAAAAAGAAAAGAAUUUCUAGUCCUAUAUAUUAUCUGUAUUUCUUGAUUACUAGAUGUGGAUGAGAUCAAACUAAAAUUUUAGUUUUGUAUCUCAAUUGGUUACUUUCAUCAUGUCUAGUUUUGUAAGUUUGUGUUCGUAUUCCUUAACAACUGACUGUUUAAUCAACUUAAUUUAUUCCUUUAA